UUUCCAGCUCUUCCGCAGUUCGUUCUUGCGCAAAGCCCAAAGGCUGGAAAACCGUCCACGAUGACCAGCGUGACUCAGUCUCUGCGGGAGGUGAUAAAGGCCAUGACCAAGGCUCGCAAUUUUGAGAGAGUUUUGGGAAAGAUUACUCUUGUCUCUGCUGCUCCUGGGAAAGUGAUUUGUGAAAUGAAAGUAGAAGAAGAGCAUACCAAUACAAUAGGCACUCUCCACGGCGGUUUGACAGCCACGUUAGUAGAUAACAUAUCAACAAUGGCUCUGCUAUGCACGGAAAGGGGAGCACCCGGAGUCAGUGUCGAUAUGAACAUAACGUACAUGUCACCUGCAAAAUUAGGAGAAGAUAUAGUGAUUACAGCACAUGUUCUGAAGCAAGGAAAAACACUUGCAUUUACCUCUGUGGAUCUGACCAACAAGGCCACAGGAAAAUUAAUAGCACAAGGAAGACAUACAAAACACCUGGGAAACUGAGAGAACAGCAGAAUGACCUAAAGAAACCCAACAAUGAAUAUCAAGUAUAGACUUGACUCAAACAAUUGUAAUUUUUGAAAUAAACUAGCAAAACCAGAA